AUGUUUGCGGAGACGACCACUAAAGCAACUCGCCCUCCAAUCACCACCACCACCACCGUUCUUCCCACAACAAUCGCGACUUUUAGAAGCUGGUGCAACGAUCAGAUUGGUGCCAUUCAAAUCGCUGCUGGAUGUCCGUUCACAGUCAAAGAAAAGUCUUGGGAUGGGAUCGCAGGCUCAAUCAUCACCUGGAUCAUCACCUUCAUUCUUCUUUUAGCUAUCGGCUAUUUCGCCGGUCGUUCUUGCUUCCGGUGCCUCAGCCAGGCAUGUCGCAAGAAGGGCAAAGCAUCACUGGUCAAUCGGAUUGGUGAGAACGGGAUGUCCGUGCCA